GGGGGGGCAUACGAGCACUCAGUUCCUUUGCCUGCUACAAUCGGUGAAUACAAUCUGCUAGGGCGGGCAGUCCCGUCUUAUCUUAGUGUAGCUACGGUGUAACGUAUCCGUUAUAUAUUUGUCUUUCCUGGACUUUAAGGAGCGCUAUCAAGGGAUGUCAAAGCGAGUACGAAGCAGAGAGGUCUGCGCUGAUUGCAGUGCUCCGGAGCCACGCUGGGCCUCUGUCAACAGGGGUGUGUUGAUUUGCGAUGAGUGCUGCAGCAUCCAUCGAGGUCUGGGGCGACACAGCUCUCAAGUCCGACAUCUGACUCAUUCUUCGUGGCCACCCUCCCAGUUACAGAUGGUCCAGACACUGUAUGGCAAUGGAGCUAAUUCCAUAUGGGAGCAUAGCCUUCUGGACCCUUCCUCCUCAGUGAGUGGGAAGCGCAAAGCCAACCCCCAGGACCGAGUACAUCCGAACAAGACAGAAUUCAUCAAGGCCAAAUAUCAGAUGUUGGCGUAUGUCCAUCGGAUGCCUUGUCGGGAAGAUGACAGUGUAACCGCAAAAGACCUCAGCAAGCAACUCCACUCCAGUGUUAGGACCGGAAAUCUGGAGACCUGCCUAAGACUCUUAUCUUUGGGAGCACAGGCCAACUUCUUCCAUCCAGAGAAAGGGAACACUCCACUACACAUAGCAGCAAAGGCAGGACAAAUGUUACAAGCAGAGCUGUUGGCAGUUUAUGGAGCUGAUCCCGGGGCUCUGGACUCCAGUGGAAAGACCCCCAUUGAUUAUGCAAGACAAGCUGGGCAUCAGGAGCUGGCAGAGAGGCUAGUGGAGAUACAGUAUGAACUCACUGACCGGUUAACAUUUUACCUUUGUGGUAGAAGACCAGAUCACAGAAACGGGCAGCACUUCAUCAUUCCACAGAUGGCAGACAGCAGCCUGGAUUUGUCAGAGUUUGCAAAAGCUGCAAAAAAGAAGCUCCAGUCGCUAAGUAACCAUCAGUUUGAAGAACUCGCCAUGGAUGUUUAUGAUGAAGUUGACAGAAGAGAAACAGAUGCAGUGUGGUUGGCCACUCAGAACCACAGCACACUCGUAACAGACACCACAGUUGUGCCUUUUCUGCCUGUCAAUCCAGAGUACUCAUCUACCAGAAACCAGGGUCGUCAGAAAUUGGCGAGGUUUAGUGCUCAUGAAUUUGCCACCCUGGUUAUUGAUAUUCUAACUGACGCUAAGCGACGGCAGUGGGGUAACUCCUGCGACAGUCCCAAAGAAAAUGUGGAGCUGAUCCUUCAGGGAAUGAACAGUCGCCACAACAGUGAGAGCCAGGACAAUGACCAGCCUGAUUAUGACAGCGUGGCAUCAGAUGAAGAUCCAGUGCAAGAGGCCACCUGUGGGGACAGCUGCAACGAUGGAAGGACCAAGAGCUCAGAGUCAUCUGACCUUUCUGAUGGACCUAUCACGGUGCAGGAAUUUAUGGAGGUGAAGAGUGCCCUCACUGCAUCUGAAGCCAAAAUACAGCAGCUUCUUAAAGUCAAUUGUCACCUCAGUGAGGAGCUGCGGUCGAUGCAGAGCAAGCUGAACUCCCUGCAGACUGAAAACACAACACUGCGAUGGCAAACCCCCAGCGGACAACAACACCUCCAGGGGCCCUUUGGUCGACACCCACCCCGCGGAGGUCGCGCCAUGUCCAUGUACGAGACAGGCUCCUCUCCGAGGCAGUACCCCAACCGAGUCGAAACAGCUCGGCAUGAGGACGGAGUCAUUUUACAACCCUUCCCGACCAAUAUUGGGAGGGGUCCUUUGGGGACGGCUGCUUCCUCCCUCCCUACCUUCCCCUCUUCCCUGUCCUGGUCGUGGGAUGAGCGAUCUCGAAGGGGCUGCAGUCUGGAAGGACAGAGUAUCAUGCUGGAGAAUGAUUACGACACUACGCCCAACCACUCUGAACUGGAGGAGACUGGUAGCCCUCUUCCAGCCUCUGAAGCAGUGGAGCCUGGGGAGGACGCUGAGGAAGAUGCCACCCUGCCAUGCACAGAGGACGUCAUCUGCAAGACAGAGCAGAUCACUAAGAAUAUACAGGAGCUUCUGAGAGCUGCCCAGGAGACCAAACAUGAAAGCUUCCUGCCUUGUUCAGAGAAAAUCUGCAUGGCUGUGACAGAGAUGGCCGCCCUGUUUCCCAAGAGGCCGUCCUCGGAGACCGUGCGAGGGUCUCUGUGUCUGCUCACUUCGAGCGCCAGCCGGCUCCACGGAGAGUGCCAGAAGGCCGCGGAGCACAACCCCUGCCCGUCGGACAUCCAGCUGGUCACUCAGCAGGUCAUCCAGUGCGCAUAUGACAUUGCCAAAGCCGCCAAGCAACUUGUCACUGUGACAACCAAAGAAAACAGCAACUAACCCAAAGACAUUCCUGAUACCAGUAUAAUUUAUUAUCAAUGAUGCUCCUAAUUUCAACUAAAUCAGUGUUAACACCAUCUUUUUGUUUUCCCAGAUUAAUCAGUGUAAGCAUUUCCGUACAUUCCUUUAAAAAAAAAAAAAGAUGCAAAAUUACAGGUCAAUCAAAACAUGUAUUUAUUUUGUUGUUGUAUCAUGGUAAUCAAACAUCUUUAUGCUGUAGGACAGAAUCUGUUACUGUUCCUUCCCUCACAAACAGAUAAUCCACAAAAAAUCCAACAGUACAAUGUUGUGUAUAUACAAAGCAAUUAGAACAACAAGCAGAUGAGCCUCCUACAUUGUACUUGUCCAGACAGAGGUCAUCAUUUGUGCUCCUUGAAGCUGGGUGUCUGGCGUGGCUGAGCUGCCUGAGGGGACAAAAGUCUGAGAGACACCUGGCGUCAUGGAUCAGAAUAGAUUAACCUUAAUCUACACAACUGACAUCAUUUUUUUAUUUUCCUUUUAGUCAUUUUUAAAUGUUUUUAAGAUGCAAUGACAGUAUUUUAAUCUCGAACCUUUGUGACGCCACUUGCUUAGAGUUAAACGUUUGUUUAGUGAGCAAACUGUGAUUAUAAAAGUAGCUUCAGUGCGUCGAGCACCGUGUAAGGCCAGCAGUACCAAGAGUGUGCAAACCUUCAUUCCAUCCAGCAGCUCCAGCAGGUGAUUCCACUGUUCAGUAAAGUAUCAGUAGUUUUUGGAGUUGAAAUGUUACAGCCAUACUUCUGAUGUUGUGUGCGUGGGUGUGUGUGUGUGUGUGUGUAUGCAUGUGUGGGCGCAGUUGUCACAGAAAUGGCCUGGAUGGCCCGUGUGAAAUCCAUUUUGAAUCAAUUUUAAUAGCAUUAUGCAAAUAUAUAAGAUGUAUGUAUCAAUGUAAUUCUUUAUCAAAAUAACCCAAAUGCUAUUCUAUUUAUAAACUGUAUGUCAUACCUGUAAGAAAAUAUCAAUGUUUAUUUUCAUAAGCUUUGUUUAACAUGAUGCUCCGCACAGACUAACUUUUGUUCUGAGGUUUGGGACGUCUCAGCUGGCAGUAAGUUAUGGGCAACUUGUGAUCUCUGUUUAUUUGAUGUGCUGCUGUAACUCCAGUGUGUUAGAUGCUGCCUGUGGUCACAUACGUACAGCUAUGGUUUACAAUCACUGAUAAAGUCAAUGUGCCCUCAAAGUUAGAGUACCUGUUGUAGAUCUCGGGUCUAAUGUGUCACUCGUUCUUGUGAGCCAGAUCAGUUUCAACCAGGGGUGGAAAGACAACCAGAAUACCCAGCACAAGAAGAGUACAGUUAACUCAAGUAGAAGUAAGGUUACCUGUGUUAGAAGAUGUUCAAUGCAAAGUAUAAAGUGUCACUUUUGAAGACGGUUGCAUAGUUACAUCUGGUCAGCAUGAAAGAGCUGAUGCAGCUGUAACUCUUUUAUGAAUUUGCAAUCUCUCUCACAUUCAGUGGUAAUUUCUGAAGUGGCAAACUUCUUUUCAUCUUUAAAAGCUUUCUCAGAAGGCUACCUAAUGAGGUAGAAAACGUUCCAAGCAAACAGCAGUGUGUCAUGGUUAAGUAUUAAAGGAAUGCUUCACCCGCAAAAUGACCAUUUGUGAAUCAAUAGUUAUGCCAUGUUACCAUUAAUUUGUGAAGAAAACUUUUAUUGCAUGUCUCCAUUGAAAAUGGCUAAUGAAUGAAUUCAUUGAUCGAUAGGCGACCACAUUUAACAACAUCAAAACUAUAUCAAAGCAUCAGUUUGCAAACUCUCUCAUAACUCGUGCAGAACAAUCCAGAUCUCAUUUAUCAAGUUGUAAGCUCAGUACUUCCUGAACACAUGAAUCUUUGAUAAAUCUUACAAUUAAAAACUGAACUUAAAGUGAGACUUAUAUAUGCUCUCUUCAAAGCCACACUCCAAUAGUAAGGUUUUUUAGUACCGGGAAUUUUUCUUAAUGAUUGAAGGUAGCAUGGCAUGACUAAUUGUUUUACAAACGGUAAUUUUGUAGGUGAAGUGUUUCUUUAAAUUGUCCUUAAAUCUUAUUCAGGAGAGAUUAUUACACAAUUAUAGUGUCUUCUGAUCGUUUAAAAAAGACUUAAAAUUGAUCUUUCAACUACAUCUCAUGUUUGCUUUUGUUGAUUAAUGUAUAUUUUUACCUAUUUUGUUGCAAUCUUUUUUUUAAACUAUGUUUUUUGUUUUAUCCUUUGUAUGGUGGUCUGAUAAGGGAUCUUGUCGUUCAUUUUCCUUUUUGCACUGAUGUUCUUAUUGCAAAACUGUAGCCACAUAGUAUAAUGGUAAAAGCCUAAAAUGUAGUGUAAUAGUGGCCCAAGUAGGGAACAGUCAGAACCCUGUCAGUAAACUCAGAAAUGUCCAUUACACUUCAACAUCUAUGUAAAGUUUGCAAAAUUAGUCCCAAUAAGUUGGAGGCCUUACCAGACCGCAUAAGACUGUUUUGGCAAAACCCCUGAGUGUAAUGAACUGAGCAACAGUGCACUUUAUUAUUCAUGAGUUCAACUUUUCAUUUUGUAAGAGAAAGAAUAUGCUACUUCUUUUUUCACAUUACAUAGCCUUGCUCAGUGUUGGGAACCUUACUUUUGAAAUGGGGUUACAGAUCACUAGUUACCCUGUUAAUAAUGAUAAGUAAUAAGUAAUGUAACUUUUUAAAUGACUUAAUCAAAGUAAAGUAACUUAUUGCAUUUGAUUACUUUUGUAACAGGUGUUUUAAAUAGGACAGUAAAGCUGAAAAAUGUCCAGAAAUAGCAAAAAGAUGCAAAGCAACAGAAUGAACAUUAUAUGUCACAUAUUCUGUAUUAUUACUGUAAAAUAUUUUUAUUAGUAACUUCAAUUUAAUUACAUAUUUUUCCCAGUAGUAUCUUAGUAUUCACUUUGUAAUUUAAUUACGUGUAACUAGUUACUAUGUCUCACAUUUAGGAGUUUGCCUUUGUCAACUAUUGGAUCUUUUUACCUAUUUUGUUUAUUAUUUUGUGACCCUAUAUUUUUAAAUUUAUUGUACGGUGGUCUGCUGAGAAAAGUAGUCAUACAGACUGUCUUGGGAUUAGCCACCAAUAAGGCCUACUUUUAUUUUCCUUAUUGCACUGAUGUUAUCAGUGCAAGACUAUGGAACUUUUGCCAAACCUUAACCAGUUCCUCCUCAACACUGGUAUCACCUUAAAGCUUCCUGAUUAGGCCAGUAGUUCCAGUAGUUACUUUCCAACACUGGUCUCCCUUUAAGUCUUUCUUAUUGGUCCAUAAGUGAGUAAUCUACUGUGCUACAUUAUUAUAAACCGAAAGAACUGAUUGGUGACUUUCCACAGUAGUUACAGAAAUGACAGUGCGUGUAUUCAGUAACUUUCCACCUCUGGUUCUAACCCUGACAUUAACUCCCUGUAACUUCUAGCCUCCCACUGCCUCUGUGGUUGAAAACAAUCCCUGCCUUAGGUUUAAUAAAGUAUAAUUCAUACCUCAA